AUUUGAUAGCUCCCGCACAACAUAUCCACCCGAACGAAAACAAAAGGGAUAACCAUAUCCGUGGCUCUGCUACUACAGAAAACACACACGAAAGCAAACAAUGGAUACCAGUAUUCUGCAGUCCCUCGCAUCAAAAUCACCCCCAUCAACCAACCCUGUUUGCCCCAAAGCUUCAUCUUCAACAACAUAUAUCCAGGUAUGUUUACAUCGUCGACCACGGUUAGUUAAAGUUUGUUGCAUGAACAGCAGCACUGAUAAUAGUAGCAGCAGCAGCAGUGCAAGUGGUAGCAAGGCACCACCACCAAUAGCGCCACCAAACAUCAUUGAAGUACGGUUUAAGAGGGGAUCAAGGAGGCGUAGGCAGCUGCAGGAAGAUGGUUUCGGCAAAGGGCAGCAACCUAUGAAGGCAAAGGCUGCAGCUGAUACAGCUCCAAAGAAAUGGGAAGAAAUAAGCAUCACAGAGAAAGCUAUAGCGUUUUAUGUGGGAGAGAAGGGUUGGCUCUUCUGGCUCAACAAGUUUGCCUAUGCUUCUAUUUUCAUUGUAAUUAGGGCUUGGAUAUUUUUCCGGUUUGAUGCACCAGCACUCAAUCUUUACGAACUUGAUUCUCCUCACUUUAUCUCCAACCUCCAUGUUCAAGGGUUCUUGAUAGAUACCACAAUGCAAUGUCUUAAUAUGGUUUUUACAGUCUGCAAAGAAUUUGUAGCAUCUAGUCUAGUGAAUAAUAAUGAGAAAAUUUAGUCAUUGCCCCCAUGAUCCUCAUCUCACAGCCUCACCUUCCCAAUCCCCUCUUCCUCCCAACAAAACAUUUUUCUAUCACAUACUACUGUUAUGCUGAAAAUUAAUAACAUUAUUGGGAUGGAAAGCGAUACAUUACACGUUUAUAAAAACUAGCACCUGAAAAGAUAAAUGGCUCAAAACCAUAAAAAACAGCUAUCAGAUACACAAAAAAACAUAGAAAGCUGCCUUAGCGGUUAAAUCAAUGUCCAACCCGUUAGAAGUGUAAACAACUAAGGGUUUUACUACAUGUGUAUUAGCAGAGCAAUCCUCGGAAUCUUAUUGAAUGUCAUAUUUACUAGAUGUGAUACAGCAUUUUAAUG